GAGCCCCGCCCCUUCCGGCGUGCCAUACCCCGGCAGCGCCCGGCUCGACUUCGGUGCUCAGCGGCGCCGGCACAGAGAAAACGAGCCGGGGGGGUCCGAAAAACCCCCGGAACGAACGGACUCCGCGGGGGAGCGGGCGCGGGGGGACGCCCGCGGGGCGGACUGAGGGGGUGAGGGGCGCCUUCCGGGGCUCCCCGGCCUCCCCCAUGCCGCUGGGCCUGGGCAGGCGCAAGAAGGCCGCACCGCUGGUGGAGAACGAGGAGGCGGCGGGGGGCCGGGGGGGAACGGCGGGGGGGGACGGAGGAGUCGGGGGGGAUCACGGGGGUGCGGGCGGUGCCCCCCCCGCCGGCCCGCAGCCCCCCGGGUUGCCCCCGCCGCCCGCCGCGCUCCGGCCCCGGUUGGUGUUUCACACGCAGUUGGCUCACGGCAGUCCCACGGGCCGCAUUGAGGGAUUCAGCAACGUGAGGGAGCUGUACGGGAAGAUCGCCGAGGCGUUCCGCAUCCCGCCCGGGGAGGUGAUGUUCUGCACGCUGAACACACACAAAGUGGACAUGGAGAAGCUGCUGGGGGGGCAGAUCGGCCUGGAGGACUUCAUCUUCGCGCACACCAAAGGGCAGCGCAAGGAGGUGGAGGUGCUCAAGUCUGAGGAGGCGCUGGGGCUGACCAUCACCGACAACGGCGCCGGAUACGCCUUCAUCAAGCGGAUCAAGGAGGGCAGCGUGAUCGACCGCGUGCCGCUGAUCGGCGUCGGGGACAUGAUUGAGGCCAUCAACGGGCGCAGCCUGGUGGGAGCGCGGCACUACGAUGUGGCACGGGCACUGAAGGAGCUGCCACGAGGGAGAACCUUUGCCCUACAGCUCACCGAGCCCAGAAAGGCCUUCGACAUGAUCAGCCAGCGCACGGCGGGGGGCCGGGGAGGGGGCACAGCUCUGGGCAGCGGUCGGGGCACCCUGAGACUGCGCGCCCACGGCCCAGCCACCGUGGAGGAGCAGCCCAGCGCCUUUGAGGAGCGCGCCAUCGCCAAGGUGGAUGAUCUGCUGGAGAGCUACAUGGGCAUCCGCGACACCGAGCUGGCUGCCACCAUGGUGGAGCUGGGCCGUGAUGCCCGUGACCCCGACGCUCUGGCGCAGGCCCUGGACUCACAGCUCGGGGACUUCGCCUUCCCGGAUGAGUUCGUCUUCGACGUCUGGGGGGCCAUCGGGGACGCCAAGGCGGGGCGCUGCUAAGGGGGGGCGCCCCAAAAUGCCGGGGGACACUCAGAGCACCAGGAGCCCCCCCACACCACCAGCAGACCCCCAAAAUGCUGGAAGAACCCUCCCCGGAAUUCUGGGUGCCCCUCUUACAACACUAGUCCACCUUUCCCCCAUAACACCAAGGAACCCCAUCAGACCACUGGAACCUCCCCCAUUUCCUGGGACCCUCCCACAUAUACAUCCCUGGGACCAACACUCCAUGCUGGACUCCCACCUUCAAUAAUGCUCCCCCAAGGGCUUGAGGAUUCCCCCCAAAUGGGUUUGGGUACCCCCAAUCUCAGUAGGAACCUCCUCUGUCUCCUCCCCCUGAAUAGUUUGGGACCAUCACAGUAGAUGCUGGGACCCUCUCUCAAUAUAAAUUGUGAUUCUCUCCCCCCCCACACACAGUAACCUGGGACCCCAAGGGAUUUUUUUCCCCUAUCCUUCACAGGACCCCCUCCCCCUCCCAGCAAGGAGCCUGACAUCCAGCAGCCCCUUUCCCCACUCAGGCCAACCCAUCACCACUGAGCAAUCCUUGCCCCUCUCCUCCAAUUUGAGUGUGGGGGCCAUUCUUGAGCACUGUCCCCAUCCCCCAGCGCUGCAGGGUGAGGAAUGAGGGUCUCCCCUUAGCCUCCCCCAAAAGCUUUAUUUUGAAAGGGUGGGAGGUUGGGGGCAGACCGGAGCCACCCUGUGCUUUCCCCACCCCAUCUACACCAAAUCCAUUCUGGUGCCAAUCUGAGCCUGUCACACACUGUCACCCCCCAAUAAUGCGCUGUGUUGUCCCCUCCCCCCGACCCCCCCAUCGCACUGACUACCUCGGGUGGGGGGGGGCAGCAAUUUUCCCCCCUGGGGUCUCCAAAGUGUCUGCCAGAGCCUGGGGGGGGGAGGAGGGGGAGGUGGGAGGGGGUCCUGGAGCUUUGGGGGGGGGGAGGGUAGGUCAUGGCCCCCACUCCCUCUGGGGGCAUAUUUUUGUAUUGU